AUGGCCCCGAGCAGGCCCAAGUCGGGCAAGUCCGACAACCCCGCCAAGCUUCUCGACGACGCUGAGACGCUUCUUAACGUGGGCAAGGUGGAAGAGGCCGUUGCUCUAGCUGAAAAUGCUUUGGAGAACACUGGUGCCGGUGGCGAUUUCGAGCUCAGAGCCCUCAACUUCCUCGGCAUCCUUAGCAUCGAACUCGGCGAUGUCGACGAAGCGAAAGAAUACUUUGAAAAGGCUGUGAAGCUCGACCAAGAUGGCACUUUGGAGGAGAAGAUUGGUGGUGGACCCGAAAAGUUCCUCUUCCUGGCCGAGCUCAGCGAUGAAGGUGGACAGGACAGCGUCAAGUGGUUCGACCUUGGAGCUGUGGCGUUGAGAAAACAGAUUCAGGCGUUGGCCGACAACAGCAGCAAGACACCCGAACAGCAGGCAUCGUAUGAAGAAAAGCAAGAGAAGCUUGGUGGUGUUCUGUGCGCCGUGGCUGAAGUUUAUAUGACCGAUCUCUCAUGGGAGGAAGACGCUGAGCAGCGUUGCGAGGCUCUCAUCACCGAAGCUAUGAUGGUUGCUCCUGGCUCUCCCGAGACAUGGCAGACAGUCGCCAACGUGCGCAUAUCGCAAGAGCGCAGUGAUGAGGCCAAAGAGGCGCUUAAGAGAAGCUUGGAAAUCUGGCAGGACUUGCCUCCCGAGGACCCUUCAGUGCCUGCUUUCCCUUCACGUAUUGCCCUGGCUCGCCUUUUGCUUGAGACCGACAUGAUGGAGGAGGCUCUCACUGUUCUGGAGCGUCUCGUUACGGAUGAUGAUGAGAGUAUUGAGGCCUGGUACCUCGGCGGUUGGGGUCUUUACAUUGCGGGCGAGAAGCUCCGCGCCGCCCAGAGCUCGCAAAACGGUGCUUCUGAGAAUGAGGACUGGAAGGACACCUGGCGAUCUGCACGCCGCUGGCUGGCCCAGUGCUUGAAGCUCUACGAUAUCCAGGAAUAUGAGGAUGAGAGACUCGGCGAGCAUGCUAUUGAGCUUGUCCAAAGCAUCAAUGCCGAGAUUGGUGAGCCUGAAGAGGGCGAGGAGGACUGGGAUGAGGAGAGCGAUGAUGACGAUGAUCAAGAUGAGGAGAUGCAGGGCUAG